CUACCAUACCCAUAUUCUCAUUUCCAUUUUCCCCACACUUUUUCUCUGACUCACCAAAAACCAAAACGCAACCACUUCUCAUUCCUCUAUUCUACACCACCACCCAUGGAAUCUACAGUGCACGCGCACAACACCGAAACGGCGUCGGUUUGGACCGAUGAGAAGCACGUGAACUUCCUCAACACCAUGGAAGCCUCCUUCGUACGCACAAUGCUCCACCGCCGUCAAGAUGCCCCUUCCAACAACCGCCACCACCACCUCCGCCUCGACCGCCACCUCCCUGAUUCAGCUGAAUCCACCUUGGAUUCCAAACCUCGUACCAGCUGCAAAAUCAAGAAACAUGCACCUUCAGAUUCAACGGGUUCAAGAGCCAGAAUUGCAAGUAGGAGGAUGAGGAGGAGGACAUCAGCUCAAUUGCGGAAUUCAUCACAACAACCGGAUCAGGAGGUCCCACAACUAGAAAAUGGAAGAGAAGAUGCUUCUUGUGUUGCAGGUCACCAUGAUAAAGAUCAGACAAGUUAUUCAUAGGCUACUUUUUCCCAACCUCCGUUUCUUGGCCAACUUUUUCCUCAUGUACUUAACUUACGGCCGGGUUUUUUUAUUUAUAGUUCUACUUAGGCUAAUUUAUUUUAAAAUUAUGAUUUAUCUUGGAAUAAAACUGCUCUGAAUUGAGUAGUUUAUCUUUGAAGCAACUAGGGAGAUCGUACAAUUUUUAUUAUUGAUUUAAUUUUAAGGUACGUCGUGAUUUUAAUCUAUAGGAAUCUAGGGGCGGCCAUAUACUACCUUGUUUCUCACUUAAGCUUUGUACUUCGUCUUCAAGAAAAAGCUUGCCAAGUCGCCAUGCUUGUAGCCUUGAACCCCAAAACAAUA